AAGGCCCGCCUCCUAGAACUCACGCGGGCUUCUUAUUGGCCUUUAGGAUCGGGUUUGGUGAGUUGGGAUACUCCCAUAAGAAAAAUAAUUUUUCAUCUAUUUCACGUCUGCUUUUCGCCCCUGUUACUGUGAUCGCCGGGUCCGGAACAGAUACAGCAUUCAAGCUUUUGCCUGUGGAGCCACGGCUUCCGCCCGUAUCCAAGAUGGCUUCCUGGCGUCCUUCUUGACUUCCACCUGCCUUGGUGGCAUCUGACGUCGGAGCUGGUAGUGGGUGGAGCGGUUAACAACCCGCAAAUGUAGGGUCCUUUGAGCGGGAGUCAGCCAUGGACUGGAAAGACGUGCUCCGCCGGCGCUUAGCCUCGCCCAGCACGGAUCCGAAGCUACCAAGCCAUACUAAAGAAACUGUAGGCUUGGUUCAAGGUUAAAGGUUAACAUGACAAGUAUGAAAACUGCCCUGAAAAGUGAAGUGCUGAAGAAUCAGUCCCUGGCGUCAUCUCAGGAAGAAAAUGAGAAGCAAAAAUGGCUUUGAGAAACUAGAUGGCAGAGUUGAAGAACCCGGGAAAAAAAGUGAACAAGAAUUAAAAGAUGAAGAAAUGGAUUUAUUUACCAAAUAUUAUUCCGAAUGGAAAGGAGGUAGCAAAAACACAAACGAAUUCUAUAAGACCAUUCCCCGGUUUUAUUACAGGUUGCCAGCGGAAGACGAAGUCUUACUACAGAAAUUAAGAGAGGAAUCAAGAGCUGUAUUUCUACAGAGGAAAAGCAGAGAACUCCUAGAUAAUGAAGAAUUACAGAAUUUAUGGUUUUUGCUGGAUAAACACCAGAUACCACCUAUGAUUGGAGAGGAAGCAAUGAUCAAUUAUGAAAAUUUUUUGAAGGUUGGUGAAAAGGCUGGACCAAAGUGCAAGCAAUUUUUUACUGCAAAAGUCUUUGCCAAGCUCCUUCACACAGACUCAUAUGGGAGGAUUUCCAUCAUGCAGUUCUUCAACUACGUCAUGCGGAAAGUUUGGCUGCAUCAGACAAGAAUAGGACUCAGUUUGUAUGAUGUUGCUGGGCAAGGAUACCUUCGGGAGUCAGACUUAGAAAACUACAUACUGGAACUUAUUCCUACUUUGCCACAAUUAGAUGGGCUAGAAAAAUCCUUUUACUCCUUUUAUGUCUGUACAGCAGUUAGGAAGUUCUUCUUCUUUUUGGACCCUCUAAGAACAGGGAAGAUCAAAAUUCAAGAUAUUUUAGCAUGCAGCUUCCUAGAUGAUUUACUGGAGCUAAGGGAUGAGGAAUUGUCCAAAGAGUGUCAAGAAACAAAUUGGUUUUCUGCUCCUUCCGCCCUGAGGGUCUAUGGUCAGUAUUUGAAUCUUGAUAAAGAUCACAAUGGCAUGCUCAGUAAAGAAGAACUCUCCCGUUAUGGAACAGCAACCAUGACCAAUGUCUUCUUAGACCGUGUUUUCCAGGAGUGUCUCACCUAUGAUGGAGAAAUGGACUACAAGACCUACCUGGAUUUUGUUCUCGCCUUGGAAAACAGAAAGGAGCCUGCAGCUCUGCAAUACAUGUUCAAACUGCUGGACAUCGAGAACAAGGGCUAUCUGAACGUCUUCUCCCUGAAUUACUUCUUUAGGGCCAUACAAGAACUAAUGAAAAUCCAUGGACAGGAUCCUGUUUCAUUUCAAGAUGUCAAGGAUGAAAUCUUUGACAUGGUAAAACCAAAGGAUCCUUUGAAAAUCUCGCUUCAGGAUCUGAUCAACAGUAAUCAAGGAGACACAGUCACCACCAUCUUAAUCGAUCUGAAUGGCUUCUGGACUUAUGAGAACAGAGAAGCCCUUGUUGCUAAUGACAAUGAGAACUCUGCAGACCUCGAUGACACAUGACCUCUGAAAGACACACUGCCUUCAUAAAGACGCCUGAAGGCUGCAUGCAAACCCUGAGGCAGAGUCUUUAGAAACAUCCUAAAUAAAACUCAUCACAUGUCUGUAAACAC